AUGGAUAGGGGCAGAGUAACUUAUUGUACUGACCUUGAAAAAUCUGUGAUUAUAAGCAAUUUCGAACGGCGUGGCUGGAUUCAAGUUGGACCUGAAGACGAAUGGAAUUUCUACUGGUCUUUCACCCAAAAUUGUCGCAACAUAUUCAGCAUAGAAAAUGGUUACAGGAUGAGUGACAACCAAAUAAUUAAUCAUUUCCCAAAUCACUACGAACUAUCGCGAAAGGAUUUGUUAGUGAAGAACAUUAAAAGAUAUCGCAAAGAAUUGGAACGAGAAGGUAAUCCCUUAGCAGAAAAAACUGAAAUCAUGUUACCUAAUGGGCAAACUGUCACGCGUUAUUUGCACUUGGAUUUUAUUCCUGUCACCUACGUUCUACCUGCUGAUUAUAAUAUGUUCGUAGAGGAAUAUCGGAAAUCACCCCAAAGUACAUGGAUUAUGAAACCCUGUGGGAAAUCGCAGGGGGCAGGAAUAUUCUUAAUAAACAAACUUUCUAAACUGAAGAAGUGGUCUCGAGAAGCUAAAACUCCAUUACAUCCACAGAUCAGCAGUAAGGAAAGUUAUGUCAUAUCGCGUUAUAUUGACAAUCCACUUUUGAUUGGCGGCAAGAAAUUCGAUCUAAGGUUGUAUGUUUUGGUAACUUCGUUCCGUCCCCUAAAGGCUUAUUUAUUUCAACAUGGCUUCUGUAGAUUUUGUACAGUGAAAUAUGAUACGAGUGUUACUGAGUUAGAUAACAUGUACGUUCAUUUGACUAAUGUGAGCGUACAAAAACAUGGGGGAGACUAUAACAAUUUGCACGGUGGAAAAAUGAGCAUACAAAAUUUCCGACUUUAUUUAGAAGGUACUCGAGGACGUUUGGUCACAGAGAAACUAUUCGCAGAUAUGCAUUGGCUGAUUGUCCACUCUCUGAAAGCUGUGGCCCCUGUAAUGGCGAAUGAUCGUCAUUGUUUUGAAUGUUAUGGAUACGACAUCAUUAUAGAUAAAGCGCUGAAGCCCUGGUUGGUGGAAGUUAAUGCGUCCCCAUCUUUACAGUCGACUACACAUAAUGAUAGAAUAUUAAAGUAUAAGUUGAUCGACAACAUCGUCUCCGUCGUUGUCCCCCCAGACGGGAUACCGGAUGCGAGGUGGAAUAAAAUUCCGAGUAACGAAGCUUUAGGCGACUUCGAUGUCUUGAUCGAUGAGGAAUUAAUUGAAAAGGAUGAAGCACCUCUACGCGGUAACAAAUUCAACCGUUAUAGAUCGUAA